AUGAACUUUUCAAAAAAAAGUUCAUGUUCAACACAUUACAAACCUCAUUAUGUACCAGCAUAUGAACGAUUAUUACGACGAAAUCAGUUAUGGAAGCCUCAAAAGGUGAAACAAGAACAAGAUUUACAAGAAGAAUGUCGGACAGGAAAAUUAACACCAUUCCAACAGCCUAAAAAUUAUUUAUGUUAUUUUAUACAUGAACAAACUGAUAUUUUGAAAAUUGAUGAAUUAAUUGAUCAAGCAAAAUUAACAAAUCAUUUCUCAAUCGAUACUGAAGAUGAUGCAUUAACACAUAAACCGGCAACAUUACGAGUCGAAUUUAUUCGUCAAACAUUACCAUCAAUUGUUAUUAUUAUUGAAGUUCAAUAUUUACCACCGGUUACAAAUCCAUUAUUUAAAAAAAUACAACAACUAUCAUCACAAGAACUUAAAAAAUUUAAUUCAUUUAAUCUAUUUAAUACAAAUAUUAAAAUUCAAGAAUCUGAUAUACAAGCCGAAUACAGUGGUGGUCAAAAAGCAGCAUUACAAAAAAUUAUUAAAUAUAAAUUUAAGGAAUAUUUAAACAAAACCGCUACAUUAGGUGAAUGGGCAUGCGGCAUUGAUUUAGUAUUAGGUACUUAUUUACCAUUAGAUGUAGUUGGUCCCGAACGUACAUACCGAAUUAAAGAAGAGAAAAAAUAUCGAUCAAUAUUAAAAGAAUAUGCAAUAAAUGAUGUCUUUGCUGUUACUAAAUUAUCGUACAAAUUAAAUUUAAUAAAAUUUUUAGCAACUAAUGAUUAUGAAGAUAUUUCUGAAGAUGAAGAUAAUAUUGAUUUACAACAAGAAUUAUCAAUUGAUAUACCAUCAACAUAUGAAGAAUUAAUAGUUCAUGUAACCGAUGAACUAGAAGAAAUUAAUGAAGAUAAAUUAUCAUAUCAACAACGUGAAGAUCUUGAACCAACUCAACAAAUAAGUAUAUUUAAUCAAAUCGAAAGUUUUAAUACUAUUUUAGGACCUCAUGGAAAUUUUUCAGACAAUCAAAUUUAUGAAUCACUUAAUAGUAAUACAAUAUAUGUUGAACCAGAUGUUAUUGAAUUUCAACCUGAUGAUGAUAUGGAUACACAAUCUAUACCUGAAAUUAUGAAGCUUCAUUUUCAUCAUGAACCAGGUCAUCGACUUAUACAACAACAUCGUAAUGAACAGUCAUCACCUCAACAGAUGACAGUUCAUGUAAGAAAUGAACCGAAUUAG